AUGUCAGAUUACGGCGAUUAUUAUGAUGAUGAUAAUAAAGAUGAUGAAAUUAUAGAUGAUGAAGCAUAAUCAUUAGAUGAAGAUUCACAAGAAAUAGACGAAUCACCAGAAUAAUCAGAAUCUGAAAAAUCAUCAAGUGACGAAUCAGAUGAAGACGAAGAUAAAGAAGAAGAAGAUGAUGAAUAUGAAGAUAAUUUAUUAAUUGUUUAAUAAGAUCAUCAAAAAACUUAAGAUAGCAAAUAAAGGGUAACUCCACCAUUUUUAACAAAAUACGAAAAAGCAAGAAUUAUUGGUACAAGAGCAUUAUAAAUUGCAUAAAAUUCACCAAUUUAUGUUGAUACAGAUGAAAAGGAUUAUGAUCCUAUUGCAAUUGCUGAAAAAGAAUUUGUUUAAAAAAAAAUACCUUUUAUUAUAAGAAGAUAUCUUCCUAAUAAAUCAUAUGAAGAUUGGCCAUUAGAUUAGCUUGAAGUUUUAGAUUGA